UUGCAUUGCUGACUUUUUAUUGUUUUUUUAGUCUAUUUUUAUGUAAAACGAAAGUGUGAAAAUGCAAAGAGCAUAGAUGUGCACGGGACAAUUUAGCAAAUAAUUGAGCUGCGUACUCAAGUGUUACCACGCAACCAAUCGACGUGCGGUUAUGGUGUGUUAUAUGCUUCGCCAGUAGUUUUCGCUGCGAAAAUAUUUUCGGCGCCCCCUUAAGCGACGUGUAUUUGGGGCGCGGCGCCCAACAGAAAAGAACAAAACGAUAGCCACAAAGGGACAUUCGUACUAAAAUUGCCAGCAAGAUCAGCGCCAGGCGUACAUAAUGGCAGAAAGGCCCAAAAAUUUGUUUGCAACUGGACCGAGUCGUUCUCGCAUACCGCCUGAUCAGCUUAAUCUGAAUAAUCUGAGCAUACGACAUCCACCUUCAUCAACGUCGUCCACAUCGUCGGGCUCCACGUCGUCUGGCUCCAGUUCCUCAUCGCAGCAGAAUAAUGUGGCGUUACGCUUUAGCGCCCAGCCCAGCUUUGUGCCAGCUGUGCCCGUGCCCGUGCCCGUGCCCACCAGCAGCAGCAGCAACAACAGUAAUGCCACCGCCAGCGGCAGCGCCACGGAUCGUCAUAGGGAGCGCAUCCGACAGCAGGCAUGCGGCAAACUACAGUUUGGUGUAGGUGCCAUCAAUACACAUCAGUUCACAUCGGAUGAUUUGGAAGAUUUGGGCGAAAUUGGACGCGGUGCAUUUGGUGCGGUCAACAAAAUGAUAUUCAAGAAGUUGGACAAGGUGAUGGCUGUGAAGCGCAUACGCUCCACGGUGGAUGAGAAGGAGCAGAAACAGUUGCUCAUGGAUCUGGAGGUGGUCAUGAAGUCGAACGAAUGCAUCUACAUUGUCCAGUUCUAUGGGGCGCUUUUCAAGGAGGGCGACUGCUGGAUAUGCAUGGAGCUAAUGGACACCUCGCUGGACAAAUUCUAUAAAUACAUAUUCGAGAAGAAGCAGCGGCAUAUACCCGAAUCCAUACUCGCCAAAAUCACGGUGGCUACAGUCAAUGCGCUUAACUAUUUAAAGGAGGAGCUCAAGAUAAUACAUCGCGAUGUGAAGCCAAGCAACAUUCUGUUGCACAGACGCGGCGACAUUAAACUAUGUGAUUUUGGCAUCUCCGGACAGCUAGUCGACUCGAUAGCCAAGACCAAAGAUGCGGGCUGCAGGCCCUACAUGGCGCCGGAACGCAUUGAUCCGGAGCGCGCCAAGGGCUAUGAUGUGCGCAGCGAUGUUUGGUCAUUGGGCAUAACAUUAAUGGAGGUGGCUACAGGCACAUUUCCCUAUCGCAAAUGGGAUUCGGUAUUUGAGCAGCUGUGCCAGGUGGUGCAGGGUGAUCCGCCGCGUUUGCAUACAUCCUACAAUGGCAUUGAGUUCUCCAUGGAGUUCGCAGAGUUUGUCAAUACUUGCCUGAUCAAGAAGGAGAGCGAUAGGCCCAAAUAUAGCCGACUGCUGCAGAUGCCAUUCAUACGGAGGGGCGAGAACAGCCACACGGAUGUCGCCGCCUAUGUGGCCGAUGUGCUCGAGUCCAUGGAGAGCGAUGGCAUUACGCAGUUUACAACCAACCAACCCGCGGAAAGUUAAUCUGAAGAGCGAGUCAAACUAAAGUCAUAAAUUAACUAAGCAAAAAAACAGUAACAACAAAACGCAAACUAUUCAAAAACAAAAAAAAAAAGCCCAAAAAAAGAAAGAAAAACUUAAAACAAAAAUUGUUGUCUACUUUGUAGCAUUCGUAGUAAACGUAGCGCGUAUUUUGUUAAACCGAAAACAAAAAGCAACAGUGAGUAUAAGCAAAAAAAGAAGAUAAAACAAUUUGUAAAAUGCGUAUAUAAUUUUUGUAUUUGUGAGUACUGUGUGAAGGAAGAGCGUCCCAAAAUGUUUUUUGUGUUGUAGUGAAACAUAAACGUAUGCCUUUUUUUUGAAGUUAAAUGAGCUAGCAUUUGAAAUUUAUGGCUUUUGUUUAUAGUUGUUAACUGCAAGCUGGAAAUAUUAAAAGCAAUAUUUGUAAAAUUUGUACACGCCAAUAAAACAGAAAAUGUUAACUAAAGCAAACUACGAAAUAGCCAUAAACAACAAGUACAUACAACAUUCAAUAUGAUUUAUAUUUAGUUUAUCCGUAAACAUUCUAUAAACGUUUGUUUUGCAUAUGAAAGUUAAGUAAAAAGCUUUAAACAUUUGCCAAGUGGCUGCAUUUUUUCAAAUUGUAGAAAAAUUAUGAAAAUCAAUACAAAAUUAUACCAAUAAAAUAUAAUAAUAAUAAUGGAAAACAACAAAUCAACACACACACACACACACACACAUACAUACAUACACUGACAACUACACACGUUUUUAUGCGUAGUAUUUAGUUGUAAGACCUAAAAAUUAUUAUAAAAAAUUCACAAUUGCAGCUUGUGAAAAAUAAACAAAAGUAAGCAAAACAAAAUAAAUGUAUUGUGCCUAAGUAUAAAAAAAAUAAUGACGAUAUCAAAAAAAAUCAUAAAUAAUUUAAUAAUUGAAUAAUGUAAUACGCGUCAGUUAGUUUAUAUAGAAUACCUUAGCCAAGCUUACACCCACACACACACACACACACACACAACACAUACAUGUAGACACAGCUACGCUUAUAUACAUGGCCAUGCCACGCCCCUUUCAAUACACAUACGCACACACACACAAGCAAUUGCACCGUCUAAGCUCCCGUCUCAAAAAUAUAUUGCCAAUGUCUUUUCGAUUAAUAUUUAUGCAAGCGCCAAUGUGAAAGCAAAAGCAAAGUUUAUUUUGUAUACAUAUACAUAUAUAUCUAUAUAUAUUUAUAUAAUAUGCAUAUAGAGUGCAAAAAACCAACAACUAAAGCCACACACACACACAGCUGCACACAGCGUCCAAAUAUCAUAAUACACCUUUGUACGCCCGCAGCGUAUUAAUUAUAUGUGUACACACAUAUAUUUAUUUACUUUUGUUUUCAUAUGUUUUUUUUUUUUUGCCUAGCAUUACGCAUAUAAUAAAUGCAUAUUAAGCGCUAAGCCUCAAAGCAACAACAACAACACCAUUAACUAGCAGCAUAAUUGAAUAAUAAAACAAAAAUAUUUUUGUAAUAAGCGUCAAAAAAAAAAAAAGAAAGCAUAGCAAACAACAAAUGCUUGGCAAUUAAAAUUGCUCUGGCAUAAAAUAUUAUAAAAUACACAUAUGUAUGCUUAAUUAUGUACGAGAGUGUAUGUAUGUCGUGUAAGCUUCGGCUAGUCGAAGCUUGUAUACCCUUGCAAAGAAAAGAUCGGUUAGCAAAGGUUUCCCCCUGAAUGGCAUACAAUACGAAUUUGAUCUCAAGUGGAUUUUAAUGGAUUUAAGCUGAUCCUGUUACUGUAUUCGAAAGGAUCUGAUGUAUUUAUUAGUUAAGCUUAUAGAUUGCUGUGAGGGUGUUCGAACCAUCCAGUUUCAAAUCUUUUAGCAGAACUCUUUCAAUGUCAUGAUCGUAGUACGAACACUUGGCAAGGGUAUAAAUUGUAACUGCAAUUUGUGUAAAGUUUCUAACAAAUAUAAUUACACAAAUAUAUAUAUUCUAAAGUACUCGUAAUCCCCUCCCUGCCGUAGAACCGUAGAUGCUAACCCCUCCUUGCAAGUAAACUAACAAAAUUGAGUCAGAACUAAGGCAGUGCAAUCGUUAAGUCGCGAGUCGUCAUAUUUUUUGACAAUAAAACGUGUAUAAAAGUUUGUAAACAAAUGCAGUAAGCAAAUCCAGAAGUUGUUUAGGCGUAUGUGAUGUGUAUAUAGGCAUAUACUACAGAUACGAGAGCGGAUAAACAUAAUUAGUAGCAUAUUAAAAAUAUAUAUAAACAUUACUAUACUAUAAUAUUGUAACUGCAAGUCAGAUCAAGUAGUCAAAGCUAAAGAAUAGGCGUAUGCUUAAACCCAGGCAAAACAGAAGUAGAGCCCUCUUAGCCUCUUAUUGGCUUCCAAUAAUCCCAUUGCCUUUUAAACUAGCUACUUGCUUAUAAAAAGUGAAAAAUGAAUGAAAUGAGAACUCAAAGUGAAAACGCAACGUCCAUAAAAGCAAAGGAAAAUAUUCGCUAAACUUUUAAACACAAACUUAGCUUAUCCGUAAAGCCAGCAUAGGCCAGCCUAGGAAUUAAGCGAACCUCGAUAUAGUACGAAAACCUAAGUGCAGAGAUUGCUAAAAAAAAAAAAAAAAAACAGAAGAAAUACAGGGGAAUUUCUGGCCUCCAAGAGUUAUUUUUGCGCACUGUACUUAGUUUAAGCAAAGCUACUAACUAACUAUACAAAAAUAACCGGCUUCUACUAAAUCUCCUCUCUCAACUCAACUCUGUCAACUUGACGACACGAGCAAAAAACUAAAAAAAACUAAAAUAAAAAACAAGCAAAAAUAAUGUGAAAACAAAACACCACAAAAAAAUUUAAUAAGAAUUAAAGCCUAAAAUAUCGGUAAAGAAAUUAUGGUAUGAGCAAACGUGCACGCACGGAAAACAAAUUAAAUUGUUAAACUUAACUUGAAGAAUUUGUAAAAAGCAACAAAUGAAUAGUGAAUAAAUAAUAUAUUUGAAAACUCUA